UAUAAAAAUAACUCAAGCAUGCACUUCAGGAUUCACCUCGUUCUCUUUCAAGAAUCAAUUAAUUCUUGGUAAUUGCUGAAAUGGGUCGUCAGGGAAGAUGCAGUGCGAUCUACGUAGUUCUGGUUAGUACUCUUCUUGUCAUUCUAUCACUCCAAUUCAAGAUCGCCAUCGCCAAGGCAGCUACUUUCACCGUCGGUGACACCUCAGGCUGGACUUUCAACAUCCAGAGUUGGACAGAUGGGAAAAAGUUCAAGGCCGGCGACAGCCUGAUUUUCAACUACGAUCCUUCAUUGCAUGAUGUGGCCACUGUAGAUGUCGAUGGCUACGAUGGCUGCACAGUCUCUCAGAGCUCUAACACGUACACAAGUGGAAACGAUACAAUCAAGCUGCAGGAGGGACAAAACUAUUUUAUAUGCAGUAUCCCCAGUCACUGUGACUGGGGGUUGAAAAUUGCAGUCAAUGCUUCCGCCUAGACAGAAAUUGAAUGUUGAUGAAUAAAAAUAUUAUGGUGCUUCAGCCCAUUGCAGCGCCCCCUGUUCUUCAUCUGAAUCUUGAACGUGUAAUUUGAGGUGAAUUGAGUUGUGACUUUAUGAUGUGAAGAUACUUUGAUGAA